CCAGGCAUACCAGAAAUAAGAAAUAUAAAAAUACUCAUGGAUUAAAAAAAGAGAAACAGUUUAGAGGGAAUUCUACGAAGAACAAAAAGCCAAGUUGAUUUAGCUGGAUGAGAAUGGAAUUAUGCGCGCCACCAUCGGUGCCAGGGGCCAGGAGUAGGAGCCCAUCACCAUCCAGGCCUGGCUCACCAACUGCGAGCGAGCCAUCCUUGCCUUUACCACAAGCAUACACUUUGAUGAGCUCCUUCAACUCCUUCUUGACAGUCGCGAUCCACAACAUUCUCUACUACCGGGGCAUCUAUCCGCAGCGGACCUUCAUGUCCGUCCGCGCCUUCAACCUCCCCGUGCAUCAGAACCGCCACCCUGCCGUGUGCAGCUGGGUUCACGAUGCCGUCGACGCCGCGAUAGCUCAGAUUGCUGAUGGCGCCGCCCAGCGGAUUGGUAUCGUAAUCCAUGCUCCUCCAGUCAAGCCUCUUCCUGCCAAAACCAGGACGGACAAGGCUGCUGCCGCUCCCGCCAACACCACCACCACGCCGGGCCAGAAAUCCGGAACAAAGCCCCCCCCUGGAACCAUGGGCCCUCCUCCACUGCCGGCAAAGAGAGCUAUUGCCAUAUCAACUGGCAAGGUCUCACGACCGGCCACUCAGCCCUCGCCUGCCACGACCAGAGCGGCGCAGACCACCAUAUCAGCAACCAGCCCUGCCACUACCAAGACGACCCCUGGGGCGGACAAAGACUCGUCGAGGCCUGCCAAGCCUCCUCCGCCAAAGCCUGGGGCCGUGCUCGAGCGCUGGAUGUUUGACGUUUCCGAGUUCCCCGCCUGGCCUGGCGGGGCUGAGGCUCUGCUAAACUUUGGCGUAGACGAUCCCAAGAAGAAGCCCGACAAGAAGAAGAAGGGCGAUGCAAAGGAAGGCGACGGGGACGGUGGCCGAUCUGCUGAGGGAGCCGAUGGUGGCGACGGCGAAGAGGAUGACGAGGAUGAAGACUCCGAGUCCGGCGAGGAGGCAGCUGAAUUCACCGACAGCGAUGAAGAGCAAGAAAACGACGAAGAGGGCGACCAAGAGCAACGGCCGGCCUCUGAUAGAGAACUAGAGCUGGCAGCUGUGGCACCAGAAGACGAGAUAAACUGGGUUGACGUCAAUGAACACCUUCGCGGGGCCGUCAAGCGCCUAGCAAAUACUGGCGAGCAGCUUGCACGUCUACCUGAGGGCUGCACCUUCACCAUUGCCGUCGAGUUGCGGGAUAAUGCUCGCCCACCACUCAAGCACCCCCAAGCCUGGAUCCCAACGCAGUCAAAGUCGCAGCCGCCAGCAAAGAAAAGGCUUAAGCAUAGCCAAGAUGUUGGUGCUGCCAGAACAACGGCUGUUCGCUCUGUUGAAGCCGGACCCCUUUUCUUUGAGUGUUGGGUAGAAGAAAGCAAGGCCAAGUUGCUCGAAUCCACUCAAAACCUGGUUUCUAAGUCAAAGUCCCCAUGAGAGAGGAGCCAUAACGUCAAAACUCCGUCAUAUGAUCGAGAAAGUAAGCGAGUAGUGAAUGGUCCAAUCAGUCACUAUCAAACGCUGUAUUCCCUAGUAUAGAAACUACUAGCUGGAUAUGCACACUAAGGCAGAUAUGCUAUGUAAGAGUAAAAAGGCCAUAUUAGGUACAGGCCUUUGAGAAUAUAACCAACCUAGAGUACACAGCCGACCACAAACAGGUCUGGCUCUUGUCGUCCCACACAGAAAGCCAUGAGAAGCCUAGAACGCCGAACCUAAAACAUUGCCUCGUGA